CUCGGCCCGCCCGUGGGCCGAGCGCAGAGUGCCCUCUCCGGUGGUGACAUUUGUCACCCGGCCGCGUCCAAAAUCACGGUAUCUGAUUGGCACGGUCGGAGGGGCUGGACGACGCUGAUUGGCUAGCUGGACGUCGGACCAGGCCUUACCCGGUUACGGAAGCCGACGAGGGCCGAGCGGAACCCCAGGUAGCGGCGCAGAAGGACCCGGCCCCAAUGGCGACCCCAGAAGCCGGCGGCAGCGGCGGGAAUGGCGAGGGCUGCGACCCGUCCGUCACCUACUACCGGCUGGAGGAGGUGGCGAAGCGGAACUCCGCCGAGGAGACGUGGAUGGUGAUCCACGGGCGAGUCUACAACAUCACCCGCUUCCUCAGCGAGCAUCCUGGUGGGGAAGAGGUUCUGUUGGAACAAGCUGGUGCAGAUGCAACUGAGAGCUUUGAAGAUGUCGGCCACUCCCCUGAUGCCAGGGAAAUGCUAAAGCAGUACUACAUUGGUGAUGUCCAUCCGAGUGACCUUAAGCCUAAAGGUGGUAACAAGGAUCCUUCAGGAAGCAGUACAUGCAAAAGUUGCUGGGCUUAUUGGAUUGUCCCCAUCGUGGGGGCUAUCCUUAUAGGUUUCCUGUAUCGUCACUUCACGACCGACAGCAGAUCCUCCUGAGAAGAGCAUUCUGAAGUGUGGGAGCACAUGCUCCUGGGAAUGAGAAGGAGAGACUUGUUUUGGAGGCUGCAGUGGUGCAUCCUCCCUGAAUCCUGCCAGUGUGUUUGUUUGUUUUUCCUUGGAGCCACGGUGGUGACCAGGUAUCUGUCUUCCUUCAGUGUAGAGCCAGAGUCCUUCAUCAGCCAGAGACUAUGCCCAGAGCACCUGUCCACACUGUGCCCUUGCCAGGGUUUCUCCUCUCUGGUCUUCACUGUUCUCUUCAUUUCAAGAGUGUAUGCCAAUGACUUAGAGUUCCUGGGUUGUAGUGAAAUGGCCUUUUGGGGACAAUAUUUGAUUUCUGAUAUUUUGAAUUCACAUUAGACAUAUUUAAGGAAAUAGCAGUCUAGUUUUGAAUUUUUCCCCUUUUUUAAAUUAAAUUUUUAAAUUCUGAUUUAAUCUUGUCGUUUAACAUAAGGGAUUUAAUUCAUGAAGUUAAGAUAUGUAUCUCUUAUUUAAAACACAGUUGCCAAAUGAUUUUAUUUGUGAUUAUUAAAAGUAAAGAGGCCAGCAAGAUGGCUCACUGGGUAAAAGCAAUUGCCUGACAACUUGAGUUUGAUUCCCUGGACCCACAUGGUGGAAGGAGAGAACCAAUUCCCAAAAGUUGUCCUCUGACCUCCACAUGUGUGCUGUGGCCUUUGUGUACACACACACACACACACACACCCCAGUUGUAAUUUUAAAAAUAUAUAAAGAAGAACUAUGUGGUUGUCUUCCUCCCAGAUAACGCAGCUAUCCCUCCUGUCCUAAGUCCAUCAUCUUCUUCCCCAAGAGUAUUUCACAAAACUGCUUCGCUUUGAUGUCUUAGAGGCAGAAGAGGCAAAGAAGGGCCAAUCCAGAAUGAUCUCUUUUAAAAAGAGAACCAAACACUGUUUACAGGACAGCAGUUUAAGAAGUUAGCAACACGCAACCUCUGGUCUGACAGCAGUUUCUCUCCAUCUUCCACCCUGGCUGUCUGUGGUGAAAGACGAGUGUGUGAUUGUCCAUGGAGUUUCACAGAAAGCUUCUUGCUGCUUUUCUGUUCUCUGAUUAGCAAAGUUGUGAUUCCCUGUUCUUAAAGGAGACUCAAGCUUGAACUCCCGUUUGUCUCGUUAAGUAGCUUACAUGUGACCGUCAUUGGCAGGCGUGUCCUUUUAGAUGCAGACCAUGCUGAGACCCCUUUUCAUCUGUGUUCUACCUUCUUGGCUCCAGCUUGGUGAUUUUGUCCUACUUUUCUACUGAGGAUAAUAAUGAUCAAUCUGGAAGCUUCUUCCCUUCUUGGCUAUGUAUUUUAUUGGAAAGUAGGUAAUCAUUUAAAAUUAUUGUUUCUCAUUGGUCCAGGCAUUUUUCUGGUGCCCUGGCUUUAUUUUUUUUUUAUUUUUUUAUUUUUAUUUUUGCCUGGGGUACCCGAUAGUACCCCAGGUGAUUUUUAGUUAUCUAUGAUUUUUUUUUUUUUUUUUUUACAUACUUUGUUCAUUACCAGUCUGCUCCUGGGCUGCUGUCAUAUCCAACAGGAAGCCACUGAAUUCCAGAAGGACCAGAGAUGUUGGAAAGUAUCCUCCUGCCUCCCUUUCAGCUUGCCAGGGGCUUGACAGGACAGGAAACUGCACAGUAAACCAGUUUGCCCCAGCAAACUAUUUAAGAAAAAGUUCAGCCCAGGACUUGUAUCCUGUGAUUUAAUAGUUGAAUGAAUUCAGAAUUCAUCAAAAUAACGUUAGCUUUUUCCUUGCAUACUUGCAUAUGAUAUCUUAGAGUAAUUUCUAGGUGACUUUUAUAUCAGGGAUGCAGACUUAAUCAAACUUUUUUCUUUAAAAAUGUCUGUAAUAUUGUGUGACGGGUUGGAAGAGCAGUUAAUACACCUCCACAUAAGCUUGGAAGGUUUGUGUGCAGGGAGGUUUGGGAUCCACGCGGUGAUAGCCAAGCUCCAUGGAGUAUGCUGGGUGGAGGGGAAGAACAGGCACAUUGCAGUGCCGGGAGGAACAUUCAAGCUGACACCAUGAAGACAGCCUGGACUAGUUGGGAAUGUAUGUCGGCAAUAUCGCCAUCUCCAGUGAAAACAUCUGGCUUAUGGGAAAUGCUAAAGAAGUGUAUUUUUGGCUGGGCAUGGUGGUGCACACCUGCAGUCCCAGUACUGGGGAGGCAGAGGCAGGAAGUUCCAGGACAGUCAGCACUACACAGAGGGACCCUGUCUCAACCAUAUCCUACCCCAAUAAAAGGACUGUAUUUUUAAGUGAAAUUGGUGUUUUGGUAUUCCUACAGUAAACAUCAAUACAAAAGGCAUGUUUUUCUUCACAUCUGUGUUCUUUUCCUGCUUAUAUUCUUACAGCUGAGCUUUUUUUUUUUUUUUUUUAAACUGAGAGCUAGAAGGAAAAUAUUUUCAUACUUUCUUCUUUACCAUCCAUGAAAUUCAUCUAAUACCCAGGGCUUCUUUUAAACUACUGAUAAUGUGAUGUCAUUUUAUAUUAUAAAAAAUGCUGCUGCUCCUUUUUUUAUUUUUAUUUUUUAAUCUUUAAAUCCCAGCAUUUGGGAGGCAGGAGCAGACAGUUUUCUUGAGUUCUAGGCCAGCCAGGGCUACAUAAUGAGACUGCCUCAAAAUAAAACAAAACCCCAAAAACCUUUUAGGUCUAGUUGUUGUAAUUCUAUUGCCUAUAUAAACAAGAGGUAUGUCUUAGGUGAGAGUCUGUCCAGGCUUUUCCUAAACAACAAAGCAAUACAGCGUUUGCACCAAAUGCAUUAAAAAAAAACACUAAACUUGUCAAAGAAGCCUUGACAUUUCAGGGUCAUGAAAACCAUCACUAAGAGCAUGGGGAGCCCGUCCCUGCUGGCUGACAGUAUCCCCUGACCUGUGGAAUAUUUGGUUGUUUAUUCUUGAGGUGGCCAGCUGUUAACCAUACACCAUACAGGUAACAGCUGGUGAAUACAAAAGAGAGAAAUUCUUGCUACCAAGAUACAGGGUGUUAAUACCCAUUCUCUAACAGUUUCUACCUGGCCCUGGGAGCUGGUUUUCAUUUCCAAGUGAUGUGCACAUUUGUAAAGAAAGCAACAGGACAGAGUGUACGGACUGUGUUUAUAUCUCCUUGUGUGAUUACUUAUGAAGAGGCAAGUCUGUCCAAAUCGAUCAUUUGAGCUGGCUCAGCAGCUGCCAUUGGGGCUUAUGUUCAUUUAGCGCUGAUGGGGCCCAGUGAAAAGUGCUUUUACAAGCCAGAUGUGUCAGUCCCAUACGGUAUUUGUGCUUCUGUCUUUGGUGAUGCCUGUCUGGCUGAGGUCCACCUGAGGUGUCUGAAGCACAGCAUAAAUGUUCUUUGCCUCCUCCCCUAGGGGGAAUGCUUUCAGACAUGUCAUGUCUCAACAAGAACGAAGGUUCUGGAGCUGUGCUUGCUAUUCAGUUGCCACAUAUCCCAAAAGUAACAGAGAGCUCCAUCAUAUUUGGCCAGCUCUGGAGUUUGUGGGGGUGAUCUAGAAGGGGAGGCUUUGAAGAUAUGCCAGUCACCUGCCUUUACGCCCAGUGUCUUACUCAUGACUUUCAGCGGCCUCUCCUUGCCCACGCCUACAUCAGCUGCUGGGGCAGAACAUCAUUUCAGUUAUUUAACUCGCUUUUUACUGCACCCUGGACUGUGAGUGACUAAUAUUAACAUUCCUUUUGUGUAUUCAACGAUGGAGUUUGUUUACCUAUUUGAUUUCAGCUUAUUUUGAACAAAGAUCUCUGUCUCUUUCUACUGGAAUGCGCACACUGUGAAUGUUUGUUAGAACUACACAAUAAAGAUACUGUUUUCCUUUU